CAGAUAAAAACGCAGCUUCCUUCAACUCAUCAUCAUCACACAAAAAAAAAGAAGACAUGAAGGUUCCGGUGUUUCUGCUGCUGCUGCUGCUGCCGCUCUGCUCAGCUCAAAAGUUUUACAUUGAAUGUUACGGCCAAGACUUUUUAUUGGUCAACAACGAUGUGCUGAAAUGCAGCGCUGACGUGGAACAGGCCUGUUACACCAGAGCUACCGGAGACAAAGGUUGCACUCGCCUGGAAAACUGCUCUCGAGAUGGUUGGGUCUGUUGCCAUAGCAACCUGUGCAACAUCUGACCAAUCACAACGCAGUGAACGUUACGUGACAGUCACAGGAGGGGAAAAAAAGAAGCUGCGAGGGACAUUUCCCAGAAUGCAUAGUGUGUGUUUGUGAACUUUGAGUCAUGUGUGAAACUAGAAUAAACUCUGUUCACCAGA